AUGUCGAAAGACGGCGAAACCACGCAGCGGCGCGUUGAAGACGCCAAUGCACCUGUUCAAUAUGACCACCAGGAUGAGCCAGUCAAGGUCGGAUGGAGAGUCUGGGCCGCAAUCUUUUUCAUGGCAGCCUCCUUCGGCCCCGGCGUCGCCCUUGCGUUCGUCGUCCUAGCAGCAAUCGUUGUCCAGGUCAGUAAUGAUCUGGGCAACGACGCGCCGUUUGCCUGGAUCGUUGGCGCUUGGUCUCUUGCCACCGCCGUCUCCUUCUCGCUUGGUGGACCUCUUAGUGACAUUUUCGGCCGAAGGAACAUGAUUCUAGGUGGUCAAUUUGUCGUGUUGAUUGGCUCCAUCGUUGGAGCAACAGCGCAAAGUGUUGCUGCCCUGAUCGCGGCUGAGACAGUUAUCGGUCUUGGCACAGGGUUUAUCUUUGUUGCCUACGCCGGUGUCCCAGAGAUGCUGCCUAACAAAUGGCGAGCCGUCGGCGUGGGUAUUCUGGAAGGUGGAAUCACCGUGCCUUGGGGUGUCGUCACAGCCCUCAUCGCCGGCGUUCUAUACAAAUAUGCGACGUGGCGCUGGAUCUUCUAUAUUGGCAUUAUUACCGAGUGCAUAUCUCUCGCUGGAACUGCCGUCUUCUACUGGCCGACAACCCAUCCGAGGGGUGACUUCGAUAAGACUCGGUGGCAGCAGUUUAAGGAGGUCGACUGGAUCGGUAUCACGUUAUUCACCCUGGGUCUAGCAACGUGCCUUGUUGGCAUCACUUGGGGGGGCACGCCUGAGCAUCCAUGGGAUAGCGCUAGCACUCUUACGCCCAUCUUUGUUGGUCUCGCCGGCCUCGUCGCAUGCUUUACGUGGGAGUUCAACUACGCCAAAGACCCACUGUUCCCCCUCGAGCUCUUCAAGAUGUGGCGCGGUUUCACUCUUCUCCUGAUCGUUCUGUUCAUCUCAGGCAUGAACUUCCACUCGCUCUCGGCUUUGCUGCCUCAGGGUUCGCUCUUCAUGUUCACGACCGACCCCAUCGAAAUUGGUGUCAUCUCGCUACCGAUGAACAUUUGGAGUCUCUUCCCUGGCGUCAUCAUCCCUAUGCUGGCCCACAAGAUCGGCCACCUCAAGUGGCUCAUCGUUGCAGGCGCAGGCUUCCAGGCUCUGUUCAUCGGUGCCGCUGCCGCCACCGUCAAUCCGAACCACAGGCUUGCCUGGGCCUUCGUUCCGGCGAUUGGUGUUCCGAUGUUCCUUCUCUGCACCAUUGUUGGGUACGCUGUUGCCAGUCUCCACGUUCCCCAUGCUCACCUUGGCGUGGCCAUGGGCCUUCUCGGAACGUUCCGAUCCGCAGGUGGUGCCGUCGGAAACGCGAUCUUCAACACUGUCUUCCAGGACAAGUUCACCGACUACGCAGGCGAAGAGAUUGUGAAAGCUGCCCUUGCUAGCGGUCUCAACCCCGCCGACCUGCCUGCCAUCAUUCCUGGAACUAUAACCCACAACCUCGGCAUCCCAGGCACUCUCGACGGUAUCGCUGGCAUGACGCCCGAGAUCCAGGCCACCCUCCGAGCGGCAGUACGCCUCGCCUACGGCCGCGCGUUCCAGUUUGUCUUCUACAUCACCAUUCCCUUCAGUGUAGUUGCCUUCAUCUGCUCUCUGUGGAUCAAGGACCCUCAAGAGCACAUGACCAACCAUGUCGCGUCGGCCAUGUUGUCUAGGGGUGCAGAGAAAAGGAUUCAGGGUGACGGCCUUGGAAGCUCUGAUGUGGAGGUCGCAACCGUUGAGGAUAGGCGCGAGCCUAAGACGAUCGGUUGA